UAAACCCUUGAAAAAAAACCCUCCUUAGAACAUAGAACAACGAAAGUCGCAGCAGCUCCUCCGUGCGUGAAUAUCUGAAGCUAUCAUCAGAAGAAGAGAUGGCAGAGAGAAGCAAAGAACUACUUCAAUUAGAGCGCAAAGGAACACCCCUUUCUUCAUUAGAAUCCACUCUUCUUGUUUGUGAUAGUAACAAAAAAGAAUCAAACAAUCUAACAAAGAGACUCUCCACUUCCCCACUUCCUCCUAGCCAAUUAUUAGGGAAGGUUAAAGACUUCUUAGGAGUGAUGUCAGAAGCAAAUAAGCAGCUGGAACAUGAUGCAAAGGAACAUCCAGAGAAAUAUGAUAUUGAAGGGCUAACUGGAAAUGAAUCUGAAGUUAUUGAAAUGGAUUUGAUGCUUGGUGUUGCCGAUCUUAAUACACCUGAGGCUGUUGCUGCUGCAGAGUCAGCUAUUUCCAAUUCUCAGCCUGUGAUUUCAUUGGCUGCUGACGAUGAUAGUGAAACAGAUUCAGAAGAAGAAAGUAGCACUGAUGAUGAUGGUGGUGAAAUUGACAGCAAUUUUGAUGACUGUGAUAAUGGAAACGAUGGCAAUAAGCCUAUGUCCAUUGAUCAAAAACCUACUUCUGGUAAAGAUAAUAUCCCUGAAAAACAGAAGGGAAAUCGUCGUUCCAAAAAACGUCCAGCGAUAGUUGAGCUACCAUGAAGCCAAAAUGGUAAUGAGUUAGAUUAGAUUCCUGUUUUGUAUGAAAUCAUUGUAUGCAACCAGAAUCACAACAUUUAUACAUUUGGAGUUCGAAUUUACUAUGACUUUAACUACGUUGCGAAUAUAAAUUAAGACAAUACACUGGAAAUUUUCA